GACUCGCUCCGGGAAGAGAAGCAGUCGAAAUGGGUUUCGGCUGCUGAUGGUGGCGGGGAUAUUGCGAGUGGCGAAGACGAAGGGAAGGGCUUGAGAGGGAUUUCACCGUUCUGAGUGGUGUCGUCGGCGGGCGCUCUCUCCUUGAUGAUAAUUUUCUCCGACGGUGAUGGUCGGAGAGGAUCAAUUAUCUUCGUCCAAGGAAGCGGCAGGGGAGGCGGUCCCUUUGCCGCCGCCGCCAGUGGAGGCUUUUGGGUUGCGGAUUCCCCUUUCAAUGUCGGAAUAGACCUCGCGGUCUCCACCGUGGCUGCCAUUCUCGUCCAAUUCCGUGGGUGGAUCGGAACAGAUUGAUCAUUUCAAUCGAAAGUAAAAAAAAAGGCGUCAUCAAUGCCAAUAUCAGCUCUGAAACCGUAGGUAUAUAUCAGUCAUCUAUACGCAUAAAUAGAAUAAUAGAGGUUGACGGAACAGAGACCCUUGAUGGGAGCCUUCCGGCGGAGCCGCACUUUCUUGCCGUUGUCUUCGCCUGCGUCAAAUUCCUCUUCACCAAGGUCCUCGACGUCGUCAUCGAUUCCUUCGCGAUCGGGACAAUUAGUCGUUACUUCCUCGUCUUCACCAGUGUCCACCGAUCGGGCUGGCCUUAGAUCACCUUGGUCCCAGAGGAGGAAACGUUCCCUCCUUCCCAAAAAAUGGAGAAGUAUGUUUAAUUCAGAGGGACAGCUCCUUAAUGGUGGAGUCAAGUUUUUGAAGAAAGUUCGGAGUGGAGGUGUUGAUCCUAGUAUUAGGGCAGAAGUCUGGCCAUUCCUUCUUGGAGUCUAUGAUAUGAAGAGCACCAAGGAGGAGAGAGAUUCCACUGAAACCCAAAAGAGAAAAGACUAUAGUAACCUUCGGAGACAAUGCCGACGAUUAUUAAAGCAAAAUAACAAGAGUUUCAAGUCGAAGGGAACUUCUGGAGACUGCAGCAGUGAGUAUGGUGGAGAUUUUAGCCAACUUCUGGAUUCUCAUUGUUUUGAGGAAGGAAUUAGUCUGACAGGUUCUUUUGUUGAGGAUCCAUAUCACCCUGUGGGCGAUCCAUCCCCGAUAACUAUUGGCUCACUGUUAGAAGAAGAUGAUGCAAGGGGAAGCAAUUAUGAAAUUGCCUCUGAAACUGACGAUGAAUUAUCUGAUACCGACUCUUGUGAAGAAAAUGAGAAUGUACAACUUUGGCUUGCGCCCGAAGGAGCUGAAGAGGAUACUGAUGAACAUGCUCACAUGAGGUCAGCUUUCUCCCAAUCACAAGAAGGGAGCAAAUUCUACAAUGCGGAAGAUUUUUCCACUUGGCAGCGCAUCAUCCGUCUUGAUGCCAUGCGGACAGAUGAUGAAUGGAUUAUGUACUCACCAUCUCAGGCUGCGUUAACCCGGAUGAAGGCACGACGGUUAGCUGAGAGUGUGGGUUUGAAGGACUAUGACCACCUGGAAACUUUCAGGAUUGCGCAUGCAGCUCGCCUGGUUGCCAUACUUGAAGCCUAUGCGUUGUAUGAUUCCGAGACGGGUUACUGCCAAGGGAUGAGUGAUCUACUCUCUCCAAUAAUUUCUGUGAUACAGGAGGACUACAAGGCCUUCUGGUGCUUUGUGGGGUUCAUGAGGAAAGCUCGGCAUAAUUUUCGCCUUGACGAGGCGGGUAUUCGGAGGCAGCUGAACAUCGUGUCGAAAAUCAUCAAGUACAAGGAUUCUCAUCUGUACAGUCACCUGGAGAGGCUGGAAGCAGAGGACUGCUUUUUUGUGUACAGGAUGGUGGUGGUGCUUUUCAGGAGGGAGUUGAACUUUGAGCAGACGCUUGGGCUGUGGGAGGUGAUGUGGGCAGACCAGGCUGCAAUCCGGGUGGGGAUUGCCAAGUCUGCUUGGGGGAGGGGGAGGACGAGGCUGAGAGCUCCUCCCACCGAUGAUCUGCUGCUCUAUGCAAUUGCAGCGUGUGUGCUUCAGAGGAGGAAGUUGAUCAUAGACAAGUAUAGCAGCAUGGACGAGAUCAUGAGGGAGUGCCACAGCAUGGCUGGUCAUCUGGAUGUCCGCAAGCUUUUACGCGACGCCCAUGACUUGGUCGUAACCCUCCACGACAAGAUUUAGGAACACAAAGAGUUUUUUUCUUUGACAGGUCUAACGGUUAGUUUCUUCUCCAUUUCAAUUUGUCUCUUCCACUACCAAUGGCAAGAUUUUUCAAAUGGGCUUUCAAACUCUAUAAAUAGAGAUCAAAUGGUUGAAUUGCACACACAAGAGAUAACAUUACAAGCUUCAAGUGCUCAUUCGCUUGUGUGCUUCAUUGGUGAAUUUGUAUCUCUCCAAAAGGCUUUGUUUUUAUUUUUGUAAUUUUAACUUCAAGCCUUGUUUUGUUAUUGAGAGAAUUUGUAAUUAAGAGUGAUAACUCUUAGAUCCUUUCAUAUCUUGUACUACUUUGUAAAUUUUCUAACUUGUUGUGCUGGAAAACUUGCUUAUUGAAGCAAGGGGUUGAAAUACUUAGCUUAAGAGAUUGUAUUUUCUUAGUUUGUUACUAGAUGGCCUAUCCGAAAUGAUAGGAGAUUCAAAGUGAAUUGUUUGAAAAAUUCUUAG